AUGACUGAAUCAAAGCCACCAAAACCUGCACCUAAACCUGGACGAGUAACAGUUUAUCGAGCCUUGUAUGAUUACAAAGCACAAAAUGACAAAGAAUUAUCAUUCAGCGAAGGUGAUUUGCUAUAUGUUUCUGAUAGCAGUAAUGAUGUACAAUGGUGGCCAGCACGUUGCAGAAAUCAAAUAGGUUUAAUUCCAGCAAAUUACGUGAAGACAGCAGAAUAUAUUGAAUAUCCGUUGCAUGAUGCAGCAAAACGAGGAAAUAUAGAGUAUGUUAGAGAAUGCCUUGAUAAUGCGGUAUCAGUAAACGGUUUGGAUAAAUCUGGUUCAACACCAUUGUACUGGUCGAGUCAUGGUGGUCAUGUCGCAGUCGUUAAAUUAUUAUGCUCAAUACCCAGUAUAUGUAUUUCAGCACAGAAUAAAAUUGGCGAUACAGCAUUGCAUGCGGCUGCAUGGAAGAAUCAUUUGGAAUGUGUUGAAGUAUUACUGAAAUAUGGUGCAAAUACUACAAUACAAAAUAAUGAACGAAAACGUCCAAUCGAUCUUGCGGAUGAUCCGGAAAUACGGGCAUUAAUUCAGUUGGCAAUGCGUCAAACAGUCGAUACAAGUAAUUUCCGUAAUGAUUAUAGUUCAGAAUCCGAACAAGAAAUUGAUGAUAUUUAA